GUGCCGACAUGGAGCUCUGGACGGGAUUAUAUCUUGUGAGUCUCCUCAACAUGGCACGUUGUUUGCCUGAAUCGUCCUACACUGUUCAUUUGAACAAACUCUCAUUCGAACAUGCUCAGAGUUAUUGCAAACCAGGAAGUUUCCUGACCAACAUUCCAAAUGAGAAGGAAAUGGCGAAGAUUCUGAAAACAAUCUGGGAUGUGAAUAGCAAAACCGCCACGUCAUUUUGGAUUGGAUUGAAGAAGGAUAAAGGCAUCUGUGUUGAACAGCAUUUGCCUCUUAAAGGAUUCUACUGGACGGUGGGCAGCAGCACUCAAUCUGACGUUAAAACCUGGAAAACCGAACCUUCAAAUACUUGCGCAAAUCUUCGCUGUGGGCUGCUUUCAGUGGAACACAUUGACUCUGGUACAAAAAGCAAUGGGUUUGUGGAUGCUGCCUGCAAACAGGAACAUCCUUUCAUUUGCAAACGAAACAUCAAGCUGGCAUGUCCUCGACCAGAAAUACUCAACACACAUGACAUGAUUGAGCCAAUAAAUGAUCCGUAUACACGUCAGAUUGUUUGCCGUUCUGGUGCCAGGUUCAAUCUGACAUGCUCCAAAGAUCUAGUUUGGAAUCUGGUCGGCAACGAAAACAUGAAUAUAUCUCAACUCUGCCUAGAGUGCAGAAAAGGUUACAGGAAGGAUGCGUCCGGAAACUGUGUGGAUGUAAACGAAUGUGAAGAAUCGAAUCCAUGUGAGCACAAAUGCCUGAACACAGUAGGCUCCUACAAAUGUCUAUGUUCAUACAGUGACAAUGGCAUUUGUAAUGGACCAUCAAAGCCGCCCACCACCAAUCUGAAAAACAAUGAAUAUUCAAACAUAAACAGGGGCAAAUCUGGGCUAACUCAGCCUACGUCUCUGCCUGAUGAUGAAGUCAGAAUGAAUGAGACAGUCAUACGCAUCGAGGAGAGCGCUGGAGACAUUUCAAAUAUCGUAGUACAUGUGAUUAUAGCUCUGUUGAUUUUCAUAGUGCUGCUGGUGAUUGUGGCAGCCAUCGUGAAAGGCUGCCUGAGCAGGAGAUCCAUAAAACUGACCCGGAGGAAGGCGGAGGAUGUGGCUCUGAAUGGAUCCAGCUCCAUGGAGAAGGUGAAUGAAAAAGAGGAAACCUAAGUGGGAGAGACUGAGCAAAUGUAAGAUAAUUCAAUGUGACACAUGCAGGCUACAGAGGGUGCUUUUUGCAAGAUAUUCUUCUCUCAGAACAUUUGGGUGUGAGUUCUGGAGUCACAAGAGUGCUGUGUAAUUACUGCCUUUGAAUUUCAUUUGCCAUUCCGUCUCACAGUUGAAAUCAGGGUCUUUAUGCCAAUGUGGAUUUGGAAAUCCUAUCUAGGUCACAUCGACGGUAAUUCGAUUUUGUUUUUGUUUACUCUUUCAUAGCUGAUAUUUAAAUGCACCUAUGUGGAGAUGUAAGAACUGUUGAAGAUAUUAUGUUAAUACUGCCUUUGGAUGUGUUUUCUAAUUAUAUAUUUAUGCUAUGUUUCACAAGUUUUAAACGUGUCUUUUUAACUGAAGAAUAAGAAUAAAGAAAGA